AUGAUUCGAAGACUGGCUCUUGGAAGGUCUCUACGGCCCAGCCUGUUCCCAGCACUACACAGCCAGCCCUUCCAGCGUCGAUUCAAUUCGUCGAUUCCCCAGAAGGCCGAAGCUGCCCUGGACACCGUCGAGCGCGACAUCGAGAAGACCGCAGAUGCUGCUUCUAACCUGACCGAAAAGGUGCUGGACAAGGUGGCUCCCAUCCAAACCCAUAUCCAGCAGUUCCCCGACCACGUUUCCACGCACGCCCCCGACACCAUCGGCUACUUCCAGUCGCUUGACAUCACCGGCUCUCUGUGGUCUCUUUGGCCCUCGGACAUCUACCUCAAUCUGCUCGAGCACGUGCACGUGUACACUGGCUUGCCAUGGUGGGCUGCCAUUGCUUCCACCACUGUCAUUGUGCGAGUUCUGCUGUUCCCUCUGUUUGUCCAGGCUGCCAACGAGCAGGGCAAGAUGUCUGAGGUCAAGCCCGAGCUCAACGUGAUUGACGAGAAGCUCAAGUCGGCUGCCAACAUGACUGAGAUGCAGAUGGUUGCCCACGAAAAGAAGAAGAUUCUCAAGAAGUACGGAAUCUCCCAGAUGAAGCUGUUCUACCCCAUGGCUAUGUUCCCUCUCACCAUUGGUAUUUUCCUUGGUAUUCGACGAAUGUGCGAGAUUGGCGGAGUGCAGGGUCUGUCCACGGAGGGUGUGCUGUGGUUCCAGAACCUGGCUGCCCCGGAUCCCUACCUGGGUCUGCAGGUCAUCACUGCCGCCAUGUACAUGGCAUCCAUCCGACUCGGAUCUGAGACUGGCACCAACAACCUCUCUCCCGGCAUGAAGAAGAUUCUGCAGUGGGCUCCCUGGAUCUCUGUGCCCUUCCUGAUGAAGAUGCCCGCCGCCCUGCUGCUACAUUUCUUCGUCAACGGUAUCCUUAUGCUGAUCCAGGGAGUGGCUCUGCGAAACCCCUUCUUUCGAAAGAAGUUGGGCAUUCACGAGAUAGUUCCCCUUCCCGCGGCUGCUCCUGGCGCCUCCGGCAAGACCGACUCCGUUCGAGAUACGAUUCGAAACGCCAUCGACAAGCGAAAGCGAGAUGCUGCCAUGCAGAAGAAGGAGGACGAUAAGAACGCCGAGCUCUCCAAGCUUGCUGCCAAGCGAGCCGAGGGUGUUGUUCUCAAGCGACGAAAGUAG